AUGUCUGCUCCCUUCCGACCCAAAUAUGAUCCCUCCGAUGUCCCGAUCCCAACCUCAAGGCCUUUGAACGCUUCGGCCACGACAGUCCGCCGUGCGAAGACUCUCACUCGUCCCGAGCGUAGCGUCGCGCCCGUUCCUCUCAUUACCCCGCAUGCUGCGCCGCUCCCUGGCAAGCCUCAAGCACCGGAGUCAGAAGAUAUCCCGCUCGACGCGUGGCGAAUAUUCUCCCGGGUCGUCUCCUUCUGGGCGCCCGACUUCUUGCUCGAGUCUCUUGGCGGACUCAAGGACAAGCAGAAGCGUCAGGCGUGGAGAGAGAAGAUCGCGCUCUGCUUCAUCAUCAUAAUCCUCUGUGGUAUCAUCGGCUUCCUCACCGUUGGCUUUCAGAAGGUACUAUGUCCAGAUACCACGGUCAAGCUCGUGAGCAGGUUCUCGUCGAAAGGGACGGUGCAGGGUGUCCUGGGUGUGCAAGGCUGGCAGAUGAACAUUACCAAGUAUCCCGAGCUCCCUGGUCGUAACUUCGUCGACCUCCUCAAAGACCCAGGUCAAGAUAUCACCACCCUCUUCCAGCGGGACAACAGUCUCUACCCUGCCUGCAGUGGCCUCUCCUUCCGCGCUGCCACCGAAGCCCCUUGCGCGAAUACUACGAGUUGCCCCCUCCCCACGAUGAACACCGCGACGAUGCAGUCACUCGGAUUCAUCAACACCACCUUGGUCGUUGGCUACGAUUGGGACCAGGUUGCAGCGUUGCAGAACUACUUCGUCCUCGACGGCGCAGUCCUCAACCUCAACUCGUACAUGAGCCUCCAUCCCAAUGCCAUUCCCUCCGAUACCGUCGACGCCGCCAUUCGCACCAUUCUGCAGACGAUGCCAGGAGACAGCGGCCGUGACGGUACUCGCCUCUUCUUCUAUCGCUCAGACCUCCGUCAGGCUGUGCCAUGUCUUGUACAGCGCUACUACGCGGGUAACAUCGACAAGGUCACCCCUGGUUGCGUCAUCUCGCAACUCGUCCUGUACGCUGGCCUCAUAGUCGUCAUGAGCUUGGUACUUGUCCGGUUCUUCAUGGCCUGCAUCUUCAACUGGUUCAUGUCUUCACGCCUGGCUGGCCCUCCGGACAAGCACACCCUUAACCGCUCCGCCAUCAGCCCAGCGGUGAUGCCGGAAGGAGCGAAUAUCUCCAUCGACAACCUGCAUGGAACGGCACCUUGGGCAGGCCCUGGAGGUUCGAAGAAGUUGGCGAAGGGCUCUGGGAAGGGUGCUCGUUCCCUCGCAUCGUCGAACUCGACCCUCGUCAACGCUGACUCCAGCGGCGUUGCACCCGUUGUGAGUCUGGCCCAGAUAGGCGCGGAGCUCUUUGCCAUCUGCUUGGUGACAUGCUAUUCCGAAGGCGAGGAGUCUCUUCGGACAACACUCGAUUCCAUCUCGACCACUUCGUACGCGGACGCGCGGAAACUGCUGUUCAUCGUCGCAGACGGCAUGAUCACCGGAGCGGGCGAGAAGCGGAGUACACCAGACAUCUGCGUCAGUCUCCUGGAAGCCGACCCGCGGUUCGGUAACCCGGUCCCUAUGAGCUACGGCGCUGUAGGCUCGGGUGCCAAGGCCGAGAACAGAGCGAUGGUCUAUGCGGGGCAUUAUACCGUCGCUGGUCGUCGGACGCCCACCGUCAUCAUCGUAAAGUGUGGAACGGAGCACGAGGCUGCAACAGAGAAGAAACCCGGCAAUCGAGGCAAGCGCGACAGCCAGUUGAUUCUCAUGAAUUUCUUCUCCCGCGUCACCUACAACGACCGGAUGACACCCCUCGAUUUCGACCUUUUCCGUAAAAUCCAUAUCCUUAUGGGAGUCACUCCCGAUUUCUUCGAAGUUUGCCUUAUGGUGGAUGCCGACACGAAAGUGUUCCCCGACUCGCUCAGGUACCUCGUCAACUGUAUGCACCACGAUCAGAUGAUCAUGGGCUGCUGCGGCGAGACUCGUAUAGCGAACAAGCGUCAGUCGUGGGUGACGGCUAUCCAGGUCUUCGAGUACUUCAUUUCCCACCACAACGCCAAGGCCUUUGAGUCCGUCUUCGGUGGUGUCUCUUGUCUGCCUGGUUGUUUCUCUAUGUUCAGGCUGAAGGCACGGAAGCAAAGUGGCGACGACUGGGUACCUCUCAUCAUCAAACCCGAAAUCGUAAAGGAGUACAGCCAGUGCGUGGUCACGACGCUACACGAAAAGAACCUGCUCCUCCUCGGAGAGGAUCGUUUCCUGACUACGAUCCUCCUGCGCACGUUCCCCAACCGCAAGAUGAUGUUCCUCCCCCAGGCGAAGUGCAGAACAGUCGUCCCCGAUACCUUCGCAGUUCUUCUCUCCCAACGCCGGCGAUGGAUCAACUCCACGAUCCACAACCUCAUGGAACUCGUCCUCGUACGGAACUUGUGCGGCACGUUCUGCUUCAGCAUGCAGUUCGUCGUCUUCAUGGACCUCAUCGGCACCGUCGUUCUCCCCAUUGCCAUCUCUCUUACGUACAUGCUCAUCAUCGGCAUGGCGCUCAGUCCGCCACAUAACUUCGAAGAGGCAAUCCCGCUCAUUCUCCUGGUCGCCGUCCUUGGUUUGCCCGCCGUUCUCAUCUUGAUCACCACCCGGAAGGUCGUAUACAUCUUCUGGAUGUUGAUCUACCUGGCGGCGCUACCAAUAUGGAACUUAGUGCUCCCGGUGUACGCCUUCUGGCACUUCGAUGACUUCUCGUGGGGUGAGACCCGAAAAGUUGAAGGUGAAGCGAAGGGCGAGGCCCAUGGUGACGGUCCUGCCGCAUUGGGCGCGAAUAACGUUCCUAUGCGUCGAUGGGAAGACUGGGAGCGCUCACGGCUUCGCAAGAUCCGCCGCGAGGAGAGGCGCAGACGCGAUUUCGAGCGCACGCACGGUGCAUACAUCGGCUCGAAUGGUGAACUCACCACAACGCGCAGCGAGGUCUACAGCCAAUACGACGGCUCCGACACCGUCUCGGUCGCUUCUUCCGACGACGACCAUUGGGGUGCGCAGAUCGGAGGAUACAACGAGAACAGCGCGCAGUACCCACCACCACCCAUCGGCCUCAACGCGCAAGCCCUCGAGAGCGCGGAGACUGUUGCCGCCUCAGAUUUGGAAGCCAUGCUGGAUGCGGGAUUCGAUGACCGACCUACACACGGGCGUGUCCAAAUUUCCGAUGGGCCGAAGUACACACCGCUUUCGCGAGCGACAGGCGGACGAGGGACGGCGCUGUCACCAACGACGCCGAUGGCCCCCGGCGAGAUGGGCGCGGUUAGCUCCGCAGUGGCGGACGAGUGGAAGACGCACGCGAAGAAGCGGAGUGGAGGGCGGUCAGGAAAGCACGAGUACGGGCCACUUGGCCCCUUGGACCCUGGGUCGAGGUUCUGA